CUUUUGCUCAGCAUUAUGCAAAUGAGCGUUACCAUGGGUAAGAAGACACCGAACUGUCUGCUGCUUUUGCUGGCUUUGUCAGAACUGGCUCGAUGUUCAGCUGCCAUGGUGUUUUGGACUGCUGUGGUGGAGAAAAGCUAUCUUAACAGCAACAAUGAGACUGUGGACAAAUAUUGUGAGUGUGGAGUGUACGGCCGUAACUCUCCUUUGGACAAAGCCUCUGGGAUUGUUAUGCUUCCCAAGGGGGACCCCAAGGGCUGCGGCCCAGGACCUGUGUACAGCCGCAAUUCCAGCUCCCCGCCUUGGAUAGCCCUGGUGAAAAGGGGCAACUGCACCUUCAGUGAGAAGAUCCUUGCCGCCAAACGUCAAGGAGCGGCUGGUGUGGUGGUGUAUAAUGUGGAUGACAGUGGGAACAGCACCACUCAUAUGUCGCACUCCGAUGCAGAUGACAUUGUGGCUAUCAUGGUUGGAAACAUUCAGGGCGUGGAGAUCGUCAGGUUGGUUGCAAAUGGAACAGAUGUGCAGCUGCUCAUUGAUGUAGGCAGCCCUCACGGACCCUGGAUGGAGUCUUACUGGCUCUACUUCCUGUCUAUAGCCUUCUUUAUUGUCACAGCAGCCUCGAUCACCUACUUCGUGUUUAUUUCUGCAAAUCGCCUCUACAGUCUGACUAGGCACAAGCACGCAGAGAGGAGGCUGAAGUCUGAGGCCAAGAGAGCUAUUGCCAAGCUUCAAUUGCGCAAACUGAAAAAAGAAGAUGAGGAAAUUACCAAUGACAUUUACAUGUGUGCCGUGUGCAUUGAAUCCUACAAGCCAAGCGAAGUGGUGACCGUGCUGACAUGUAACCACAUCUUCCAUAAAGCCUGCAUUGAACCCUGGCUGCUGGAGAGGAGAACCUGCCCCAUGUGUAAGUGCGACAUCCUGAAGGCCCUGGGAGUCGAGGAUGACACCAAGGAGCACGUCUCUGCUGAGUUGCCACCAGAUGUCACUGUGAUCACGGUGACAGCAACAGAGCCCAUUUAUGAAGUCCCACUGAAUGACCCAGCCAGCCCCGACCCAGAGCGGCAUCACCAUCGCUAUGACAACAGGGCCUUUGAGGGAGACUCGGAGGCUGCGAGGGGAUGAGCAACGGCUCAGAACAAAACAACAGCAAACCAGGACACGGUUAAAAUCCUUCCUUCAAAUGUCUAUUUUUCUCAUAGACGCUGAACAAUACAUCCGAAUCACAGUUGUCCAACAAUCAGGUUCCAACAAUCUUUCAGAGCAGACAUGCUGGAUUAAUUUAAAAAGAGAAAAAAAAGAACUUGAUUCGGUGGAACUUUGUGUAAUCUGUGUGAUGUUCUUGUGUUUGCUGGUUCGGGCCUGUAAACAAUGGGUGUGCACAUAAAGUGAGCUGUAAAUGAAGUUGUUGAGUGACACCAGUGUCAAAUUCCAGUUUUGCAUAGUCGGCUCGGCUCACACUGGUUAGAGAGGAAGUGCAAUACAACACUCGAAUCGGGGCCAUAUUUCAUGCCGUAGCUUGCAUCGCUCACAGUCCCACACGAUGUACCACUGCUUCUUUCAGACAACAUAAUUAGGCUCAUUUAAACUUUUUCUGGUUUUAAACCUUGUUUUUUUCCACUUUUAACCGGGGUUGUAUAAGGCUGGCUUUGCAAACACACCCUUGUGAACACACCCAUGACAGGAACUGCGCACACAUUUUAUUGUCAUGAGCAAAUAAAAUCACCUGGAGGACAAAAACGUCAUCCGACGAAACAUGUUGAAGCAGUAGCUAGUUCUGAGGGCGAGAGAGUCACAAAGUUAAAUGAAUGUAAUCAGAGUUGUAAAUAUAAUUAUAAAGAGGAUUUUCUUGUUUGUUUGACAGGGAAAUUAAUGUGCACUAUGUCAUUUUAGAUUAAAAUACAUCAAUCAUCAAGCUGUUUUUGUUCAUAUAGAAUAUAACUUAUCCACAUCUAAACAGCUGAUUUCCAUUUACUGUCAAAUCACAAAUGGUUGUUGAACAUGUCUUCCAAGUUUAGUUUUUGAAUUAUAUGGAAUGGAGUUUAUUUGGUCCUUGUGGUCUACCUCUGAACUUUAAUAUAACGUGCAUGGUGUAAUUAAGAACUUUUAAAAACUUGCUAUUUGUAGACUACGUGUGUCCCUCGGUAAAUAAUAAAACUAAAUAAUUUUCUUACUUCUUUGUAUGCUGGUGGCGCUAUGCUAACGAUGGUACUUAGUAUAUUUUUCUAUUGUUGAAUCAUCUUUCUUUAUCAGAUUCCAGGAGUCUUAAAUUGUGCUGCAAAAUAUAAAUACUGCUUUUCUGUAUUCAAUCACAUUGAUGCUUUUUAGAAUACAAUAAAUCCCUCAAAAUGAGGCCGACUUGA